ACCGCCAAUUGCUGAGCAUUGGUUAAUCUAAUGAUAGAAGUUUAAGCGCCAUCGGAAGUAUAUACUAGAUAUAUUGUAUCGAGCAGUGGACAGUGGACAGCGAAAGGAAAAUUUUAAGGUUACGCUAAAGGUAAAAAGUAACGACAACACGACAUUAGUAGGGGGUUAAUUCAACUUAAUUGCAAGACAAUGUAAGUGGCGUACAUUUGCAAGUACAGUCUUUUAAACUUGAUCACCUGUCUGUUAUUAUAUUACUGUGAUUUCCAAUAAAUGGCGUUUGUCCGUAUGGAUUUUUGUUUCCCAUGCAUGUACGUACUUCGUAAACUGUAUUCAUAAUCUGCAAUUUCCCAGCACUUAAAAAAGUGCGGCUCGCAUUUGUCUGCUAGCAAAGAAUUUCACGGAUCAAGCACUGAAAUCUUGACAGAGUUUCGGAAGAUUGCCUAAAAUAAGUGUUUUCUGUAGCAAGAUAAAUCGUGGUACAAAUAACCACACAGAAUGAUGAAAAGUGCUAUCGUAUUGUGUACUUAUAAAAAUGGAAUUCUAUGAUAAUAUGAUUGUAAUCAUCAUUUUUGGAGUAUGUACUUACUACCUAUGAAUUAACGAGAGAGGCGGGACUAUGUUGUAUACGUCAAAUCCGGUACUGCGUACACCGAAGUGCCUUAAGCUCCGUAAUCGUCGUUUUUUUAUUUGAUUAACGCGUAAACUGGUCUUUUGGUGUUUAACUGCGAAAUCAGACAACGUAGUGUUACUUUCUCGCUGGAAGUCAUUUGAGAAUAAUAAAUCGGUUUUUUGACAGCGUGGUGUUGUGAUCUUUUCCGUUCAUGUGUGGCACAAGUGUGUAGAAUUCUGGGCAUGAGGAACUAAUCCACAUACAUAACUACCAUUACAUAUGCAUGAAGUUUUCAUAAUGUAAGAAAUCGGUGAAAACAUAUUUCAUUUCUCAAUGUUUGCCAGACAGCGAGGUAAUCAGAAAUAAGAAAUACUUAUAACCGAAUCUGUUGGCUGGUGGAUUUGAAAUUGUAUUAAUAUUUGUGGAUUACUGGAACUACGUCAAGCGAUACUUUAUACGGUUGACCCUCUAAUACUGGAAAUCUUGUUUUGCGAAAAUGAAUCGCGAAAUAGGCGAUGAUAAAGAAGUCGAAAAGGGCGAAAAGCCUAAACCUAGAUAUCCCUGGUUUAUCAUAUUCAUCUUGGGAAAUGAAUUUUGCGAACGUUUUACCUAUUACGGCAUGAAAACCGUGUUGACCUUAUUCCUAACCAAAGUGCUGCUGUUCUCUGAGGACAACACGACCUUUUUUUACCAUUUAUUUUCUAUGCUAUGCUACUUUUUGCCGGUAUUGGGAGCAUGGCUAGCAGACAGUCUGAUUGGGAAAUUUCGGACAAUCCUGUAUUUAUCACUGGUGUACAUUCUUGGACUUCUUGUGCUAACAUUAGCUGCCAUGCCACCGGUGCCUUUCAAUGCCAUUGCUGGUACCAUGAGCGGAUUACUUUUAAUUGCUAUCGGGACUGGGGGGAUUAAGCCGUGUGUAUCCACUUACGGAGCGGAUCAAUUCAAGCCAGGACAGGAACAUCAUCGCGAGCGGUUUUUUGCAUACUUUUAUUUUUGCAUCAACGCGGGAAGCUUAAUCUCGACAUUUGUGACACCGAUUUUGCGAUCGGAUGUUCAAUGUUUUGGAGAAAAAACAUGCUAUUCAUUAGCGUUUGGCGUGCCUGCAGCACUAAUGGCAGUUGCUCUGAUUUUGUUUUUGUUGGGUAAACCAUUCUAUACGGACACGCCAGUUUUUGGAAGCUUGAUUAGCCGUGUAUUCUGUUGUGUUUGUCAUGCCAUCGUCAACAACGUUAAGGGUCGCACAGGUGCCAAGGGUCCUAAGCCUUCCAUAACGUCAGAAAUGUCCACCUCGUCCGAUGCCGCAAUGAUACCAUCCAAUCACCUUUCUCAAUCGCCCAAAAGCAAACUGAUGUCAAUAUGGAAAGGAAAACGCCGGGUUAGCACUACGCACUGGCUGGAUGCCGCCGCAGAUAAAUACGACGCGGAAUUUAUUGCUGAUGUCAAACAAUUGCUGCAUGUGCUGUUUAUGUUCCUGCCUAUACCAAUGUUUUGGGCCCUAUUCGAUCAGCAGGGCUCUCGUUGGACACUUCAGGCAAAUAAAAUGGAUGGAAGAAUAACCGAUACCUACUAUUUCCAGCCGGAUCAAGUGCAAAUUUUCAAUCCUGUACUGAUUUUAAUUUUUAUCCCAUGUUUCGAAACCGUUAUUUAUCCAGUCAUGCACAAACUAAAGAUACCUUUCCGACUGCUGGCUCGUAUGGUAGUUGGGAUGGUGUUGGCUGGAGUUGCCUUUGUUAUUGCGGGAUUCCUGCAGGUCGCCAUAGAUAAAACUUUACCGACAGUGCCUGCAGCCGAUCGUAGUGAAAUGCGGAUUUUCAACCCUAAUGCAUGUAGUUUAUCUCUUUCGGGUGAUGUAUUUCCUAAUGCGUCGGACCACAUCGGUCCACACAGCAUGUUGGUUGUCCCGCCAUUUCCUGUCAACUCUCAAAAGGAAAUUUGGUUGACCGUUUCUACUAUCAACUGUUCCACUCAGUCCUCUAUAAAGGCACCAAUUACUGUUUCUGGUGGGACGGGUUAUUUUGCAUUCCUGGGAAUGCAAAAUGGACAAUUAACGGUUCAGCAGAUUGAGGGAAAACACGUGAAACCUGAGGACAGCAACUCAAAAGUGUUAUUCGUGCUACCUUUCGCUCUCAACACAACGUCGGGAGCCGGCAACAUCACGCUUAUUAAUCCGGGCAUUGCGGAAGAUAAAGAGGGACAUGAAAUCAUUGUACCUGUCAACAGUACCACUAAUGGAUCGGAUUACGGAAGCCAUACCAUUACGACCGUCGCCGCAGACGUGGAUCAGGGCCCGUAUGUAAUUUAUCUUUCGGAUCAACGAUCUCAUUUCGGAGCUGCUCCAAUGGGCACAAAACAAAUUGACUUUCCUAUCGGCGGUUAUUACGUUGUGUUGCUUAAGGAUCUCGGCUCCGCAGCCUUAACUAAUGCUUCCGAAUCAUGGGAGCGCUACACAAUUAUCCAGCCGAACAGUAUCAGUAUUUUUUGGCAGUUUCCUCAGUAUUUCGUGAUAACCUUGGCGGAAGUAUUUCUUUCUGUUAGUGGACUGAGUUUUGCUUAUUCGGAAGCACCGGAAAGUAUGCGUUCGGUUAUGCAAGCCGCUUGGCUGCUAACGUCGGCUUUCGGCAGUGUUAUUGUCAUGAUCUUUAGCGGGGGUCACCUGAUUGCCAGUCAGGCCGUGGAGUUUUUUGUCUUCGCUGGACUUAUUGGGAUAUUUGCCAUAAUAUUCGCCAUUAUGUCUCACUUUUACCAUUACGUAAAGCCCAAUGUUACCGCCGUAGCAGUAGAGAUGAUGGAUAGAAACGAUGAUGACGCACUGCAUAAGAAAGACGAUUCUUAUCUGGCUAAAGAGAUUAAUACAUAAUAAGCAUGUGUACAAUUUUAAUUUUUAAGCAAUGCUCAUGAGUUAAAACUUUCUUAUUGGCUGUUGUUGCAGCUGCUGCUACAGUGUAUAUUUUUACGUUUUAGCUUUAAAAUGUUUGAAAUGCGCUGCAAUGGGCGUUAAAAUGUUUAAACACGUCUGCAAACUAAAUAAAGC